AUGGCUGAAGAAGUGAAGCCGAUGAUAAUCUACCACCCAUGGUCGAGCCUUUGCAGCAAUCGAAUCGAACUUGGUGUUCAGAAAACACUCAAAGUAAUCCGUUGUUCAUUUCUUGAUGAGUUAAAAAAUAUUCAGAUUUUCCCUGAAAUCGGAACUCCAAGUUAUUAUGAUCGAUCUCUAGGAUCUCUCAAGACUACAACUAUUCCUGUCUGGGUUCAAGCUCUUUGUGAAAGCACGGGGGCAUUUUAUAUGGACAAGGUUGGAGCUGAAAAGUUGUUUGAUUACACUCCUGACUUUGGCAAAUCGCCCGAAAUUCGUCUUGUUGUGUGGCAACCUCCGUUUCCAUUGUGGGUUAAGGUCAACACGGAUGGAUUAUCAAAAGGGAAUCCUGGUUUAUCUGCUUGUGGUGGGGUGUUCAGAUCAGCUUCAUGUGAUUUUCUUGGAGGUUUCGCGGUUAGUUUAGGCACCCAAUCUGCCUAUUAUGCUGAGAUAAUGGCAGUUUUUCUUGCUAUUCAUGUUGCCCAUUGUAAUGGUUGGGGGCAACUUUGGUUAGAGAGUGACUGUUUGAAUGUGGUUCGAGCCAUUCAAAGUAAAAACCUUGAUCCUCCCACUCAGCUCAAAAUGCUCUGGAAUGAUUGUCUCCGAAAGAUGGAAUCUAUGAAAAUAUAUUGUUCGCACAUUUAUCGCGAGGGAAAUCGAGUUGCAGAUGAGUUGGCUAAUCUUGGUUUAAAAUAUCCUCGUCUUCAAUGGUGGAAUAAUCCUCCUAUGGACAUCCAAGAAUUGCUGUUACAUGAUUAUUGGGGCCUCCCGAAUUAUAGAUUUUCUAAAAGAGGCAAUACAAUAGCAAAUUAA